AUGGACGGGCAUGGCAGAGCUUUGGAGUGCCUUCUAGAGGCCUUGAUGGAGAUGCCCAACGCUGCAGCAACUGCCUUGGUGGGUGCAGUUAUGAGACAAUUGAGGCAGAAGUAUCCUGACGCCACUCAGAUUGAGCCGGGUGCAGACCUCAAGGAACUGCUUCGCGCAGCUCUGUCAGGCAGAUGGAUUUUGUCUGGCGAAAUGGUCGGCAAUCUAGAUCCUGAGAAGGUGGAGCUUAUCCGCGUCAAGUUCAAGGACGGCGACUCCUCGCAGUACCGCAUCGACUUGCCCUACAUUUGGUUGUACUUGAUGCUGAGUUUGUCUAAGUUCUCUGACGAUUUGCAACCGUGGAACUUGAUGGACUACCGCUAG